AUGGUGUACGCCACGCUGCUGAGCGAGGAGGACCUGAGUCGCUUCAGGACGAAGCAGUGCAAGCGGCUGCUGAACGGGGGGUGCAACUUCGGAAUCGACAGGUGCCAGUACAGCCACAACGAGUUCUGGAACAGACGGUGCCCCUUCUACCUGAGCGACUCGUCCUUCAUAAGAUACAUAACAAUUAUGUGCCCAGAUGUGGAGACCAAAGGUGACGGCUCGAUCAACAGUCUCUGUCUCCGAGGCGGAGAGUGCCCCUUCGCCCACUCGGCGGAGGAAAUAUUAUACCACCCGUUGUAUUAUAAAACGAAACGAUGCGAAGAUUAUAAAAAGGGAUCCUGCAACACCUAUUACUGUCCCUUUAUUCACGGGUUAGCAGAGACCAGAAUUCCAGGCACAUACAAAUUGCCAUUCACCAACGGAAUUAGCAUCCCCAAUAUCCCCAACGUAAUUGUUGUAGAUAAAAUUGACAUCACCAGUAAGGCAAAUGGAAACAUAAGUGGUGGGGACAGAUAUAUGAAGAAUUCCAUUUCGGCUAAGAAGCGUAAUGAUGUUAAGCUGGUGGAUCAUUUGAAAAAUUUUGAGAGUGCACAUUUUGCCAAAAUGAACCACUGCAUGCUGCCUACUCCCUACUCUUCCAUUGAUUCCAUUCCGCAUAACAACACAGAUGCUUAUAAGAUAAACUGUGGGAAAAAACUCGCCCUCUCCUUUAGCCACAACUUAGCGAAUAACUGCUCGGAGGAAGAUUUAAAAAAAAGCAGAAUCAUAUUUAGUGAGGAAAAUGCCAUGGACCAUUUUUCUGCCUGCUCGAAGGGAGGACUGAAUCACCCCGUUCAUUCCUUCGCCAAUUUUGACAACCACAGGGGGAGCACAGAAAUGGGGAAGUCCCCCCCAAGUGGCAUCUCCUGCAACCAUUAUAGCGAAUUCGUGGGGGGCAACUUCACCAAAGGAGAGAACAGGCCAUCGGUGAAGUCCAGCAUAUCUACCCACGUCACGGACGGACAUCACCCCAGCAACAACUGGAACAACCAUUUUAACAUGCUGAAGAUGAAGCAGAAUUACUCCAGCUGUAGCACCGCUGCUCACGAAAUGAACUUCAACGAGCAUGACGUGACAAGCGACGACGUGGUGGAGGACGAGGAGGAGGAGCUGGACAGCUACCUCAUGAACACGCUGUUGCCCAACGGGGGAAACGGCAGCGGAAACGGCAGCGGAAACGGCAGCGGAAACGGCAACGGCAACGGCGGCGGCAACUUCCCCUGCAACUGCAACUGCAGCAGCGCGAGCAACGACCGGAACGACCGGAACGACGCCGCAAGCGCCCACCACAAGCCGGGCUGCAGCGCGCACCACGCGGACGAAGAGAAAAACACCAGCGAAGUCAACCUGCUAGAAAUUAUCAAAUGCUUGAAAAAUAUAUACGAGCGGAUCAUGAAGGGCAAUUUAGUAUUCUCCCCAGAGCAGUGGGACAACAUCGCCCAAAUCACCUACGAAAUUGUGGGCGUUGUGGAAUUCAACCGAGUCUUAAAAUUGAAGAGAACCACGGAUAAGAUGAAGAGCGACAUUUGCAACAGGAAUAAGCAGUUCUCUUUUGAUAUGCCUAAGAUGACGGAGAUGGGGCCGGAAGGGGUGAAGGGCUCCACUGCGAGGAUAGAAACGAAUGCCCUUUUGGAAGAACCCUAUGGGAAGGAGGAAACGAAUGCAAAUGAACAGGCGGAGGAGCAAAACGGUGAAAUUGCAUUAACGAUGAAGAAGGAACAAAUUAAUGAUGCGAUUCAAUUUUCCAAUUCAAACGAGGCAGUGUUGAGCAAAAUGAAGCUUCACUUGGAGAGCAAAAGGGAAGACAUGCCGGAUGGAAACAGCGCAGACGUUGCGGGGGACACCCACAUGAUGAUGCAUCUGUAUCAAGGCCACCAGGGAGAGAAUUACCCAGUUGGUAAGAAAGACAUCGACCUGUUUAACGUGAAGAGGAAAAUUUUAACCCACCAGUUAGGCGGCAUGAGCGAUGUAGCCAGCGGGAUGGCCAACAUGAGCAACAACGAAAUGGCUAGCUCGAACGGCGAGGUGGAUAACGCCAAUAACGACGGCGAAAACGCCAAAGACGACCCCCAUUUUUUGGACUAUUACAACUUAAACAAAGGCAAUUUCAACUUUGCAGACGCGAAGGAUAACCCAGAUAAAAUUUUGUCGCAGCAGCCGUUCAUGUCUUUCUUUUCGUUCCUUUCUGAGUGAUGUCACGCGGGUGUGUUCUCCUUAAUUUGAAGGAAAAGGCGGUGAACAUGUGGUAAGGAAGCUAGAGAGAGGGGGGAAAAUAAUGCUGUGCUGAUUUUCCGUUGUUUUUUUUGCUGUUUUUUUGUUGUUUUUUUUGCUGUUUUUUUGCUGUUUUUUUGUUGUUUUUUUUGCUGUUUUUUUGUUGUUUUUUUGUUGUUUUUUUUGCUGUUUUUUUCUUUUUUUUUUCUUUUGUUUUUGUUUUUUUUCCGUUUUCACUGCGUCCCCUUCGAUGGGCAUAAAUCUUAGGAAGAUGCUGCCAUUCGCGGAAAGCGGUCUGCCGAAAAAGCGCAAAUGAGUGCUGCCCAUUUAUCAUCGUAAUGUACUCACCAUUUUUUC